AUGAGACCGCUCAAGUCAGCACUUUGUCAUCAGUGGAUUGAAUACUUGCGUACCGAACUUCAAAGUCAUACUUCUGGACCCUGCAAGCUGUCCCCACCGAACCGCUUCGACUUGGUUGAGUGGGUCCAUACAGCGUGGGAAAAACUACCACAGCGCACAAUCAUUUGUGGUUUUCGAAAGUGCAAGAUCAUCGAUGGGCCUGUAGAUGCGGGCGAAGGCAAUGAAUGCGCCGCUGUCUUGGACACUAAGUCGUACAAGAUGAUUGAAUAG